AUGAAGAUCCUCCUCCACUCUCACUUCCCAGCCGGCCAUGCCUACCCAAUGCAAGCUGUAGCCCAAUCCCUCAUCCGCCGCGGUCACCAAGUAACAUGGCUCACCAGCGCCUCCAACGAAGCCCGCGUCCUCGCCGUAGGCGCAACAUUCGUCCCGACAAGCGCCAUAGCCAUCAUCGAUGAGCCCCUUAUCGCCGCUAAUGAGACUGGAAUUCUCGACAGGGAGUACUCGCGGCUUCAGAUCAGGCUUCUGGCGCAGGUGACGGAUUACCGUCGGGUGUUGAGGGACUUUAAAGCAGAUGUUCUUCUCGUCGAUGUGAUGCCGUAUGGAGCGAGAGCUUUGUGUGAGCUUGGCGAGGUUCCGGUCUAUGCGACGCUGGGGGUGAUUCCGAUGUACAUGUCGAGUUGGGGAGCGCCUCAGGCUGUUUCGGGGGAGGGUCCGGCGACGUCGUGGGUUGGAUUGAUCUGGAAUCAUAUUCUUCAUCUUAUUAGCCAGUGGAUUCUUCUGCCGUUGCUUUUGAGGCCGAUCAUAAAUGCCCAGAGGAGGGAAUUGGGCUUGAAGGACUUGUCGUAUGGGGAGCCGAUCGAGGCUUUCACUUACAGCCCCUAUCUCCACAUCCAGGCUUCGUCGCCGUCGCUGGAGUUCAAGUUACUGCCGAAGCCGCCGAAACAGCGGGAGCAUACUAAGUUCGUUGGACCGGUAGUUACCCAAGUACCAACCAGUCUUGCCCAGCUACCCCCUGACUGGGAUGAGAUAGUUGCGCAUCCUCGUGUUGUUGGUAUUACACAAGGCACUUUAGCCAUGGACCCAACAUCCUUGAUCAUACCCGCGAUUGAGGCGCUCUCUGAUGAUCCAGAUCUGCUUCUUGUAGUCGCUUCGCCACAUGUAGAAGAGAUCACAUCGAGAAUAGGGGAGCCGCCAAAUGUGCGCUUCAUCAGAUGGAUACCGUACCAUCUCUUCCUCCCACAGCUCUGCCUCCUCAUCACCAACGGCGGUUACGGAAGCAUAACGCAAGCGCUGUCGCAUAAAGUGCCACUGAUCUGCGCUGGGCAAACAGAGGAUAAGAAGGACACAGCAGCACGGGUCAGCUGGGCAAGAGCAGGCAUCGAUUUGCAGACGGAUAAUCCUUCAACGGAACAGGUUCGAACGGCGGCGAGGACGAUACUGGACGAUCCAGGCUUCGUGGAGAGGGCGGGGCAUCUGGGUGACGAACUCAAUGAACUUGGCGGCGCGGAACGAGCUUCGGAGCUUUUGGAGGAACUGGUAGAAUCUAGAGCAAGAUAA